AUGGACGGAUCUAACUUCGUGGCGUGGGGGAAGGAAGGUUUUUGCAACGUAAACAUUGAGGGGGGGACCCCGCUUUGUAGUUGGAUUCCCGGGAUCAGCCCGCUCUCCUGAUCGCAGAAGGAAGAGGGGAGGGGAAAAACAUUCCUCUCCUCCCCGACUCAAUUCUUUCCCUCCCCUCCCGGCACAUCCUCCUCUCACCCCGCCCCCACAACCCCAGAUCCCGCCCCCCAUACGUUGCACCCCUUCCUCCUCCUCUUCCUCCUCCUCCUCCUCCAAUUCAGCUUCUGCUCCAGGAAUGGGGGGGGGGAGGUAUCCCCCUCCCAAACUGCCUUCUUCUCCCGGAAGUGGAGCUUCCACUCCGGAUUGCUGCUCUGCCCCGUAGCUCUAGGGGCGCGCGCUUUCGGACACACCCCCCGGUGGAUGUUGGAGGAAAGGACAGGAGAAUCGGGAGCGAGGACAAAGAGGUAAAGGGGUUGCGGGGGGGGGAGAGGGGAGAAAAGGACCCAGAGACCCCCGCCAGCUCCCACAAGCGCCUUCCGUGGGCCCCGUGGCAGGGCCUGGAUCCCGGCACGCGUGCUGCGAAGGAGGCUUUCCUUGGCCCCUUAGGCGCCUUGGCAGGGGCGGACAUGGGGCGCGCACCCAGGGGGUCCCCACGAGCGUCCCUUGCCCCGUUUCCACUGGCUCCGUGCGGAGAGAGGCGGGCUAUGGGAAGGUUAACUGGCGCGAGAGAGGCCCCCUGGAUAGAGACCCCCCUGCCAGUCCCUUGCGCGUGUUGGUGGCCCCCUCUGGAUGGAGAGAUGGGACCGCCCGGCGAGGGGUGAGCCGAGACACGUGGGGUCUUUGGGUUAAUAUAAGUUUAAAAAACUGCUCCUUUUUACCCAAGAGCCCAUAUAGAGGCCUUUUGUAGGUUCUCUAUCUGUAGGAGAAAAUUAACAGAGACCAACCAGAGAAUACUGAGAAGCAAAGCAGCUAGUAAGCCUGAUCUUUAAUAAUAAUAAUAAUAAUAAUAAUAAUAAUAAUAAUAAUAAUAAUAUCCCACCCUCCCCGGCCGAAGCUGGGCUCAGAACGGCUAACAACAGUAAAACAGACAACAUUCUGAAAUCGUUUCAUUAUAAAAUCAGUUUAAAUCAGAUUCAUGGCAACUGUUAACAGGGUCCUCACUCACCACAUGCAGGAGAGAGGAGGACCCAGAACAAAGGUGUGCCCGCCCUUAUAUAGACAUUUUAAAUUGCCCACCCUGGAGUCCAAGACCACCCCCAGAAACAUCAUACAUACAACACAGAAAAGGUGGUCUACAACAGAAAUAUCUGGGUUUUGGCCACUCUUGUUAUUAUAACUACUUAAUUCCUUAAUCUAGGUCACAGGUCACAGGCUCACAUCCUGUUCAUAUCUGGAAUGUGCCCUUUAGACAGGAUUUGUGAGGAAAGAGACAAUGGGGAGGUUUCCCACUUUGAUCUUGCAGAGAAAUAUUUGAGGUCAAUUUGUGCAAGACCUUUUCUGUGGGGUUUCAGACAUGUGGUUUAUAUAUACAGUUAUGAACAUUUUUAUUAUUAUUUAUGACCUUAAAAUUCUUAUAACAGGAUGCAGGGGAGACUCUGGGAGAAAAGGAGGGGGCCGAGGAAGUGGGGAGGAGACGUCUCCAUCGUGGCACCCAAGGGGAAUCUCCGGAAGGGCCACCUAGGCCUCUCCCUCCUGCUUAGGAAGGAGACCUUCAAGGAGACCAGAGAGGGAUCCCUGGAUAGUUGGGGGUCCUGUCCCCCCACUCCUUCCUUCCUGCAACCUACAUCCUCCUUCCACCCCAUAAGCCCCUGCCUGUCCAGACACAGCGCUUCUGCCCAGUCCAACCACUGGUCCCCUGGAGAGGAGAGGAAAUCCCGAGUGGAAGAGGGGAGGGGAGAGGCCUUCUCAGAAGCGGCUCUUUGUUUCCGCAAUCCCACCCAGGAAGCAGCCAGAAACCUUUUCCUCUCUCUCAGGCUUCCAUCUUUAAGUGUAGUUUCCACUGCCUGGUUCAUUGAGGAUGAGGAUAAUGGACACCUGUCAUCAGAAACAGGGGUGCAGAGUCCAUGGAAUGGCUCUCAGGGCUGAUAGAGAAGUUGCACCUCGAAAGCAUUUCUGUUCCUCUUAUUCUUUGUAGGCAAUGUCAGAGUGA